AGCGGUUGGUUGCACUUGUAAUUUCUGAUUGAAUUGUCAAAAAGAAAAAAACCUAACAAAAAUAAGUUGUCUACAUAUGGAAAAAUUAUACAAAAGAUCGUAUUUAUAAUAAUUGCUUUUCAAUUUUUAGUUUAGUGAUGUAAUGUAACAAAACUUAAAUUAGUGAAAGAUGCUUCAAAAUAAAUGUCGUCAUUCUCCUGUGCUACCAAAUGAAAUAUGUUCAUUUUGCAACACAACAACUCCAGAAACACUGUUAGAUAUUUGCUUUGAUUACAUAAAUAAACACCCAGGAACAAUAUGUAAUCCAAAUGUGUCAUCAAAGGAACUGCAACUGAUGGAUGGUUUAUCCUUACCAGUGGAGAUAUGUGAAAGGUUGUUGAAUGUUCGGAACAACAGCUUAACACCCGUUGAUUCAAAUUUUAUUAAUCUAUUUAGCAAUACAGACUGUACUAGAUUAAAAAGGGUAAAGUUAAGACAAACAGAGAUACAAGACCAAGAUUUAGAAACCCUUCUACAACACUCGUUAAUUGAGUUAGAUUUAUCAUUAUGUCCUAAUUUAACUUCAAAAUGUAUCCAUUAUAUUAGUUACUACAGCUCUAAUUUACAGUCGUUAAGUAUAGGCGAGGAAACAGAUAUUUUUCCAGUCAGGCAAUUUGGAAUGGUGUUUGGAAUGUCACCUCUAGAUCAGGAGUUUUAUGAAAAAGGCUACAUUUUCUUGGCACCUAAUCUUAGACGGCUGACAUUAAAAGGUUUACAUCUACUAAAUCCAGAUUUUUACAAAAUUUUAUUACAGCCCCUAUCUUCUCUAACGCAUUUAGAUUUGUCAAAUUGUUCAGAUUUAUAUGAUUUUUUAUAUACACAACAUCUUGUAAAUUUAACCUCUCUAAUAUUAUAUAAUGUUGAAGGUAUUCAAUCCAAAAUACCUGCUAUUUGUAAAUUGACAAAUUUAAGGCAUUUAGAUAUCUCUACAUCACAGUCAAGAAGUGGGCAAGGGAAGUAUAAGAAAGGAAAUACGAUUUUGAAAAGUAUUGUAGAUAGCUUACCUAAGUUGACAUCUUUAGAUAUUUCUGGUACAAAUCUGGCUGGAAGAGGUGUUGCAGAAACCACUAAUGGUACAAUGUGUGAUAUCCCUGGUUUGAGUUCAAGAGCCAAUAAUCCAUUUCAAUAUUUGGGCCUCUAUGAGACAUCCCAUGAUGCUUGUUUGAGACAUGACAUACCUGCUAAAUUGAUUGGAGGUAACGCAAACGAGGAGCAAAUUUUAGUCGCAGCUUUAACAUACUUAGAUAGGACUGACAUGCUACAGAAAGUCAUGAAUGAACUGUUCCAUUUGUUCAGGUUAGAAAACAUCGAAUAUCUAGGACAGGCACUGAAUAUAGUAUUGGAAGCAAUGAACAGACAUUUACAUGAGAGGCAUAUUCAAAUAUCUGGAAGCGCUACCUUAUUUUAUAUUGUAAAAGGUACUGGAAACGAAUUACACGAUGAUGUAAAAGUGAAAAGAAAAAUAAUCACAACUCUUUUAAACGGUAUGAGUAUUUAUAGAAACGAUGAGACCAUGAUGAGGAAUGGUUGCUUGACAUUAUGUCAGUUUAGGAUACCAACAGAUGUACUAUUUGAUUAUGUGAGGCUAGUUGACAUUCUCCUCUAUUCAGUAUAUGGAAUGGCACAGGAGAGUUUUGUGCAGAGGAUAGGAAUAUACUUAUUAAAUUCUUUGGCCUGUCAAGUGGAUGGACAGCAGAAAGUCAAACUUGGCGCAUUAGGAGCUAUAAAUAGGAUGAUAUGGCUAAUUAAAGAAAGACUGGAAAGAGGAAUAUGUGAUGAUGUAUUGGAAGUAGCUUGGUCAACGAUGUGGAACGUGACUGAUGAGACACCUUUGAAUUGCAAAAAGUUCUUGGCGCAGGACGGAAUGCAACAUUUUUUACAAUGUCUUGAAAAGUUUCCCAAUAAAGAAGAUCUCCUUCGUAACAUGAUGGGUUUACUUGGCAACGUCGCCGAGGUGAGAGAACUCCGACAUUACCUUAUUACUCCAGAAUAUUUAUCAGUAUUUGCCAGGCUAUUGGAGUCUCAAAGUGACGGCAUCGAAGUUAGUUACAACUCAGCAGGCGUCAUCUCUCACAUAGCUUCAGAUGGUCCGGACGUCUGGACGGUGCAAGAACCAUCAAGACAUUACGUGUUAAGCAAAAUGGUCGAGGCCAUCGAGAGUUGGAACAUAAACUCUCAAAGAAAUAUUAAUUAUAGAUCUUUCGAACCAAUACUGCAGCUAGCGAAAGUUUAUCAUACACCAGAAUGUCAGCAUUGGGCAGUUUGGGCCUUAGCUAAUUUAACUAAAGUUUAUCCUGAGAAAUAUUGCGGCUUGGUGGAAAGGGAGGGUGGUUUACGUCUCCUCAAAGAAUUGAUAUACCAACCAAUGGUACCACCGAGAGUGAAAGUGUUAGCAUCAAUGGUCGUAGAAAAUUGUCGAAAUUUUCAGGACACUUUGGACGGAUAGGUUUUUAUUUUAUAUAAAGUAAACAGGUGUUAAAAUACUCAUCAAAGCAUUUUAAUUUUGUUUGUGAUCUUUAUGGGCGAAUAUCAAAAUGGUACCUUAAUCGGUACAGGUGAUAUGUUGUUCAUUAAACUAUGUUUUUGUAAAAGCGUCCAAGCUUUUAGCUGGCUUACUAAUGCAUUUUCAGAUUGAUGGUACAUUAACCGGUACAGAUGACAUGCUGUUCAAUAAAAUAUAUCUUUUUAAAAGCGUUCAAGCAUUUAGCCGGUGUACUAAUGCAUUUUCAGAUUUUGUAGCAGGUUUGAAGUGGAAACUGAAUCAUUCCAUAGAGAAAAUCUGGAUUACUAUCUACAACUCAGUAUGAAAUAACUUACUAAUCUUGUGACAUCACUUUAGGCGAACGUUUUUAAACUAUUAAUAACACAUUAAAGGCCAUAAGGUACAUUUUAUUUAAAUAUUUUAUAAAGGAUACCCCCGUUAAGAUAGAAAAAAUGCCCCUAAUCCCAGAGGUAAUUUUUUUUAAUUUUUUUUGCGUUCUAUGUUUUAUAUGAUUAAAAAAUAACAUUCGGCGUAAUUUUAGUCCACCACCUUAUUUUGUUUCGGUAAGUUACAUUGAAUUUAAAAAUUUAUAAAUAUUUAUAUUUCUGAUUUUUCCGCCACCUUAAAAAAUCUGAAAAACUGUUUUAUGGGAUUUUGGGGGAUUUUCUUUAUUUUAUAGCCUUCAAAAUAGAUAAAAUCAAGGUUCCUUAUUGGUUAUAUUUAAUUUGAAGUAAACAAGUCCUUUAGGACAUUUUUUGUUUUUGCGAGUUUUGAAAAACAUGAUUUUUGGGAUUUUAAGCUGUUUCGCCCAAUUUUUUAAUGCCGUAAAGGACUCGUUUACUUCAAAUAUUUUUUAUAUAUUUAAAUUUUUUAAUAAAAUACACAUUUUAAAAAAAUUAGACCUGCAUCCAUCUCCAAAAUAAGCAUUUUUCGAAAAAAAAAAUGCCUUUUUAGAUUCGGCACUCCCAACCUGAACUAUGCGUGUGAAUUUAUCUUUUUUUAAUUCAAUGUAAUCCACCGAAAAAAAAAUAAAUAAAAACGAAAAAUGACGUUUUUGCACUAAGUGUGUCUAAUUUUUUAAUCACAUAUAACAAAAAAGUUGAAAAAAAUUGAAUUCUGGGAGUCAGGGCAUUUUGCCUAUUUUAACGGGAGGAGGGUACAUUUUUUUGUAAAUAAUAUUAGUGAGAGUUUACAUAGUUAGAGACUAUGUUGAAGCAUUUAUUAAAAAUAUUUAAUUCGUUCUUACUAACUUUAAAAAAAUAUGUUGUGUUCUCCAUGUAAAUAUCAUCCAUGGAUGCAAAAUGAUGUUUUACGCAAUAAAAAAAAAGUAAUAAAUUUGCUUUAAAUUUACAAAUAAACUGAUUUGAAAUAGCUAAUUAAUGAUAUUAUAUAUAGUAUCAUAAUGAUUCUUUAGUUUUAUUUAUUUAAAUCAUGUUUAACAAAGAGAUAGAGCUAAGAUAGUAUGGAUCUAUUAUAUCAUAUAAUUUUCAGUUCUCUUGGAACCAUAUCCUUAUUAUAUCCUGUUUUUAAACCAGGAGAAGUAAACUCAAAAGACAUAUUCACAAUCCAUUGUAUACACAUAGAACUACCUUGAUCUACAUUUUUAUGCAAAUUAAUAUAUACAGACAAAAGUACUCUCAGUUUACAAAUGAAAAAAAGGUGGUAUUUUUGAAAAACUGGCUAUUUUUAAACAGCUGUAAUCUUCGAAUAUACUAUGCUUUUGUUUUUAAACCAGGAGGAGUAAACUAAAAACACAGAUUCACACAAAAUAAUGUCACUACAAAAAUCACCAGAUUCAUCUUCUUUUUUGGUUGAUCAUGUCGGCCUUCGACGGUAAUCCAUAAAUAUUCGUUGUGAGCCGAUGAGUAGAGGGAAUUUGACAGUUUUCACCCUGUUAGUGGCAGUUUUGUGCAUUGAAUUUUAACAAUUUUAUCAGAAAAGUACAAGUUUCAAACCGCGAGAGAGCGCUACCGACGAAACUGACAGCCAAUAAAAACAGAGGAGGUAACCUCUAAAUUUCACAUAAACUUCUUCUUUUUCUCAAUGGCCUCUUGCGUAAGCUCAUCCAGCCGCACGAAUUUAUAUAUUAAAUAUUAAAAUUAUACACUCUGGGCUAAUUAGCAAAAUGCAUUGAAAAGUUAUUUACCAGCAAUUUUAUUGCUGGAAUCGAAUUAUAAGAUCCUAUAUACUAAUAAUAUAGAUAUGCAAAGUCCGCAGAUAGUGUGAUACUUUUUUUAUAAACAAAAUGGCGCCGACAAAUCGUGUUUUUUUUUUUAAUUAUUGAAACUUUAUAAAAAAACACCCAAACAAAAAUUCACCGCAAUUAAAUUCUGCAUAGAGGUAUGUUUUUCCCGAUUUGCUUCGACGAAAAUUUUCCUCGGAAAAUGUGGGUUUUCCAUAUAAAAUCUCUAAUUUUCAAAUAAAGUUUUAGGUAAGUAAUUAUUUAUCAAUAAUUAAAUAACUUAGUGACAUAAAAGCUUUCUUGGUAUAGAUUGUAAUUCCAGAAGCCGGUGAAAAUUAAACGAAUAUUUUAGCAACAAAUAAUCAUGAUACAUUGAUCAAACUUAUAACGAUUAUAAAGAUAAGAUGCUUAUUUAAUAUUUGAUUGACAAAAUAUAAAUUUUUCGUUUUUUUGCAUACUUAAUGUAUAAAUUUUGAAAAAAAAUAGUUAUAAUACUCUGGUCUAAUUAGCAAAGUACAAGAAUUAUAAGAUCCUAUAUAUUAAUAAUAUCGAUAUACAAAGUCCGCAGAUAGUGUGCUACUUUUUUUAUAAACAAAAUGGCGCUGACAAAUCGUGUUUUGUUUAAUUAUUGCUCUAUAACUCCGAAGAUUUUAACUUUACACCAAAAACACUCAGAUAAAAAUUAACCGCAAUUUAAUUCUACAUAGAGGCAUGUUUUCCCGAUUUGCUCAGACGAAAAUUUUCCUGGGAAAAUGUGGGUUUUCCCAAAAAAAUCUCGAAUUUUCAAAUUAAUUUUUUGGGCAAGUAAUUAUUUAUCGAUAAUAAAUAACUUGGUGAAAUUAAAGCUUUCUUGGUAUAGAUUAUAAUUGCAGAAGCCGAUGAAAAUUAAACAAAUAUUUUAGCAACAAUU